AUGUCGGAGCUGGAAGCACAUCUCCAAAAACUAAGCGAUCCAUCGCAUACAAAGUAUGGGGCACAUUUAUCUCAGGACGAAAUAAGCAACUUUCAGCAGCCAGACCAAGACGGUCUUGUCGCUGUGCGUUCGUGGCUCAAUGCCAAUAGAGUACCAUUCUCAGUUGAAGGGUCGUGGCUACGAAUCAACACUACCGUUGACACAGCGAGCCAACUCAUCGACGCUGAUUUUGGUCGCUACCAAUACAACGAUGAUAGUCCUGUUCUACGCGCGACAAAGUACAGCCUCCCCAGUGCGGUAGCAGACUACGUUGACUUUGUCUACCCCGUCACCCAAUUCAUCCGCAAGCCUUCCAAGAAAGCACUGCCAUCAUUAGAAUCACACUCCGAGAAAAGACAGGAUUCAUCAUCGCAAACCUGCCCCGGUGGAGACACAACACCCGACUGCAUCAUGUCCAUGUACAACAUCAACUACCAGAUCCCCGACUCCGACUCCCCCGUGACUUUGGGCAUCGUCGGCUUUCUGGAAGAAUACCCUAACGAGCCCCUUCUACACUCCUUCCUGGAAAACUUCAGUCCCUACCGCAACACCACCGGCUACAACCCUCUGUACAACUUCACCGUCGCCUCGAUCCAGAACGGCAACGACACCAAGCUCGGCUAUGGCGGGGAAGCCCAACUCGACAUCCAAUACAGCAUGCCCUUCGUCCAGCCCAUGAACGUAACCUACUUCUCCACGGGCGGCAGAGGCCCGUAUCUCGACGAAAACGGCACCGAAGUGCCUCUCGAUACCAGCCUCAACGAGCCAUGGAUCGAGUUCCUGGAAGCACUUCUCGAACGCGACGAACUACCUACUGUGCUCUCGAUCUCCUACACCGACGACGAAGCAUGGAUCCCACGCGCCUACGCCAAGCGCGCAUGCGACCUCUUCAUGCAGCUCGGAGCGCGGGGUACAUCCGUCCUCGUAGCCAGCGGCGACGGCGGCUCUGCAGGCACCGGAUCUUCAGAGUGUAAGAACAACAAGUUCCGCCCUACGUUCCCCGUCGACUGUCCGUACGUCACGAGUGUCGGCGCAACGGCUGCCUACUCUCCGCUUAGUGCAGAGUGGUUCAGUGCAGGCGGGUUCAGCGACUACUUUGACCGCCCUGCGUGGCAGGAUGCGGACGCGAAGAAGUACAUCGCGCAACUAAACGGGUCGCAUGAUGGAUGGUAUGCGCCUAGUGGACGUGGUAUACCCGAUCUCUCGGCUAUUGGAACGCGAUUCGUGAUGGACGAGAGUGGUAUCAAGCAGAAAGGGACGAGUGCGAGUACGCCUGUGAUUGCGGCUAUGAUUGCGCUUGCAAAUGACAAGAGGAUGCGAGGUGGGAAGCCGGCGCUGGGCUUCUUGAACCCCUUGCUUUACUCGGAUGAGCUGCGGCAUGUGUUUGUGGAUGUGACUGAGGGUCAGUCGGGUAGUUGUAUUGUUAACCGCACUGCGGAGCCUGGGUGGGAGACGGCUGUGGGAUGGGAUGCAGCGACUGGGCUGGGCACAUUAGAUUUUGCCAAGUUUGUUGAGGCUGUUGCUUAG